AUGGCCUCACGCACAUCGGCAGCAGAGUUGACCGCGAAAUCCAGCACCAGCGAUGCCAUGAGUUCUACCUCUACCCAGAGUGCUGGGACCGACAGUGUCUUGGAAACUCUUUUUUCCGACAUGCCCCAGCUGUUGGAGUUCUGGCGUCAGCCGAAUGACCCAGAUGUGCUCAAAUCUGGUUCCAUCGAGGUGUUGGGCACAACAGCGCCCCCACCAGCGAAAAGACUCAAGAAGGACAGUAGUCAAGCGACGGCCAAAUCUCAAGCCACCUCUUAUCCCGAUUCAUCUGUCGUGAUGGACGCGUUUCUCUUCGUAUACGACAUGAUGAAAGUUGAAAUUGCAACGUCUCAUAGCAACGGCGAUGAUAACCAAUCGCUCAAACUCCCCACGGCCGAAACUAUCGAUCGACUCAAGUCUCCCUUGUCACUCUUCGGUUUAAAGGACCCGCUGGCCAGCAUGAUUCUCGAUGGCGCUCGCAUCCUACUUCAAUCCCGGCUUCUCAGAGACGGACGAUACGAAACAUUGGAGAAGCUCGCGAUAGCUUUAAAAAGUCUGGCAACCGUAAUUGAGAAGUUCUUGAGAUCCUAUCAUUCACCCGAGAUCCGGCAAACGCCUCGCCUCGGUCUGCAAGACUCCAAGGUCGUCAUUGUGGAGGAUGAGGCAAUGGCUCGCAGGUUUGAACAGGCAAACAAGGCCAUGGAGGCUCCCAAGAGUGCCGUUGUUGCUCUACUUCAGGAGUGGACGAGGAUCGACCAGCUUGAAGAAGUCCAUUUACGGGCAAACGACGCGAGUCGACAGGACGACCAUGAUUCCGUCGAAUCGAUGUCGGCAUCAGAACACAGCACGACAUCACCUAUGGCUUCUAAGCUUGCUAUACUGCCGGAUAGAAGUUUCGACUAUCCAUUUGAUGAAUAUCUUGGCUGA